CUCAGCAGCCCCGGCAUGACCUCAGGGAACGGAUAUUCUGCCUCCAGCAUCGCCGGCAUUGCCCCCCCCGCCCCCUCCCCCCCCCCCCCCCCCCCCCCGCAGAAUGGUAAGAAUAAACCACCACAGGCCAGUGUGAAACCCCAAACCCUGACGCAUGUUAUCGAAGGGUUUGUGAUCCAGGAGGGGGCGGAGCCUUUCCUGGUGGGACGCUCGUCCCUGCUGGUGGGGAAUCUCAGAAAGAAGCAUGCACAGGGGUCUCUGCCUGAGAAACUUCCACAGCAGGGCCACACCACCGCCACGGACUCCGAGAUGGAGGAGCCCUGUCUGCAAGAAUCCAAAGAGGAGGGGACGCCCCUCAAACUCAAUUGUGAGCUCUGCGGCCGGGUGGACUUUGCCUACAAGUUCAAGCGUUCCAAGCGCUUCUGUUCCAUGGCCUGUGCAAAACGGUACACUGUGGGAUGCACCAAACGAGUGGGGCUUUUGCACUCAGGCCGAAGCAAGUUGCAGAGAGCAGGAGCCACGGCCCACAACCGCCGUCGGGCCAGCAAAGCCAGUCUGCCAACUCUUACCAAGGAGCAGCCAACAGGCUCUGUACCCCUUUCGGUUACUGCUGCAUUGCAGCUAACCCAUAGCCAGGAAGACUUCAGCCGCUGCUCAGGUAACUCAAGCUACGAGGAACCCCUGUCACCCAUCCCAGCCAGCUCAUCCACCUCCCGCCUGCGACAAGGCCCACGCGACCUGGAGCUCCCUGACAUGCACAUGCGGGACCUGGUGGGCAUGGGACACCACUUCCUGCCAAGUGAGCCCACCAAAUGGAAUGUAGAAGAUGUCUACGAGUUCAUCCGCUCUCUGCCAGGCUGCCAGGAGAUAGCAGAGGAAUUCCGUGCCCAAGAAAUCGACGGGCAGGCCCUGCUGCUGCUCAGGGAGGACCAUCUGAUGAGUGCCAUGAACAUCAAACUGGGGCCAACCCUGAAGAUCUACGCUCGCAUCAACAUGCUCAAGGACUCGUAGGGCUGGCCGGGCAGCCACGGUUCUGGCCCAGGACGCCUCCACUCAGCUGAGCAGAGCCAGACAGACAUUCCUGAGGGGCCCAGACAUGGGGCCAGUCGGAGGGCAGGGGCUCUCCCUGUGGAGCAUGGCUGGUGGGGAGGUGUUGGCACCUCCCAGUGGCUCUCAGGGGCCUUUCUUUCUGUGGGAGGGGCUGAGAGGUAGGUGGCGCAGAAGAUGGGGCUUUCUGCUUGUAAAUACUGAUAGCACUGGCUUCCUCCAAAGUCCCAACACUCUAGCCCCACGCUCUUCCCAUCUUUGUCCCCCAUUUUCCAGGGGGUAUGUGGUCAGGCUCCCAACCUGAGUUGGGUUACUUCCCAGGGCAGCCGUCAGGCCUGGAUAGAGGCCUUGAAAGCCCUUCCUGCCUUCCUCCCACUUCCUUCUCCAGGCCUGGCUAACGCUCCCGACGCAGCUUCUCCCCCUUCAGCUUGUUUCUGAAGCAGCCAGGUGUUUCCCGCCCUCACCCUCUGCAGGUGGAGAGAGAGAAGCUGGGCCCAGUUUGCCAUGCCUGCUGGCACAGACGCCUUAAACGCUGUGUGUGACUGUAUGACUGUGUGGGAGCCUGGACUGACAGAUAAGCCAAGAGCCACACUCUGGCAUCUCCAGGUGUUUUGUAGCAAACAGCCACUUAGUGCUUUGUCCCGGACUCCACUCGGCCUCAGGAUGGGGAAUAGAAAGGAAGGGCGGCCCCAGUGCAGAGAGGCAAGAUCAGAACUCGAGUUAGAUGCUCCUCUCCAGACUGGCCACGAUGCCUCUAAAGUCCCUUCCCCACACUGUGAAGGCCCCCCGACUGCCCUGCUGUCACAAACAUUAAAGAAGCUGCCGGCCACAGUGCUGGUGGGCGGGCUGGGUCAGGCUGAGCCUCCUGCUCGCUGCCAGGGGAUCCCAGUGGUGAGGCCCAGACAACCUCUGAGGGAGAGAAGAGCUGGAGUGACCACUGAUGUGGAGAAGGCAGCCUCUGGCCUCCCGCUCCCACACUUGGCCUUGCGAACCUGCUCCCAGCAAUCAGCUGCCUGCGGAGGAGGCAGGGCAGGAGGGGCGAGGUCUGCCUCCCACGUGCCCUGUACUCGGCAGCUCCCCGGGGGCAGGGGGCCUCUCCGGGAAGAGGUGGCUGCCUUCCUCAGCUUGUUCUGUUCCCCACUCACACCCCUGGCAGGGUUGGAGAUGAAGGACUUUUUUAACCAUUUGUUUUUGUUUUUUUA